AUGGUCACCCAUUUACAAACGGCUUUAUCGAGCAUUUUUCUUGUUCUUAUUCUAUAUGUUUUGCAAGGUUUAACUCUUGGACUCACAGGUACCUUGCCAUUGAUUUUAGUGGCUCACGGUGCCACAUGGAAAGAUCGAGGCACUUUCAAUUUUGCAUUUUAUCCAUUCUCAUUUAAACUUAUUUGGGCACCAUUGAUCGAUGCCCUCUACAGUAAACGUUUUGGUAGACGAAAAUCAUGUCAAGGUGUACCACGGGAGUAUUUAGCUCUUGUCAACAUACCAGUGACUCUCAUCACAAUUGCAGCGCCUCUAAUUAUUCGUCAUACAGAACUACCACUCAUCUGGUACGCUGGAUCUUAUUUGCUGUAUCUUAUAAGUGGCAUACCAAUUGCUGCUUAUGUCUAUUUCACUCCUCGUAUAAUCUCCACGAGUUAUUAUUAUCCGUUACUUAUUUUACUUCUAGCAUGGAAUGAAUUCAUUAUGACAUUACGAUUCGCUGCACAAGUCGGAUUCUUUGCUUCAAUUAGUGAGCCACGUAUUGGUGGCACUCUUGUAUUAUCAUCAUCAUCACAUGAUGGUAGUUGUCAUAAAUAUUAA